CAUAAUUAAUAUUAGUAUUUUAUUUUCAAUGGAAUUUUAUUCGAUUAUUUUAAUGUCUAUUGGCAUAUCCGUUUUAAAAAUAGACGAAGGAGUAAAUUGCAUUUGUAAUUAUGUUAACAAUUAUCCCGAUAAUUAUAGAAAUUACAUAAAAACAGUGAUUGAUUAUAUUUCUUCACAUAUUGAAUUGAAUGAAAUACUAAAUCUUAAAUUAAAAGAAGAUUCAAAUACUACUUUUAGUGUAGAGGAAGUUUUCAUAUCCCAUAGAAAAUACACUAAAUUCAAAACUAACUAUUUUUAUACAAUAAAUGUAUUAAAUUUCAAGUACACUGAAAUACUAAAGAAUUUCCUCGAUUACAUUGAUAUUAUUCUCCAAAAAUGUAAGCAAUUUCAUGAAAGAAAUUUAGAAGAAAAUUUUAUUUGUUGUGUAACAUCACUCGUUGAAGAAGUGAAGAAUUCAAAGACUAUGUUUGAAAAUCUUCACAAUGCUAUGACUUUUUUUAGCUACAUUGAUGUAAGAUUUGUGUUCCAAGGAUCCAUUAUGCCAAAUGUUAUAAUUGAUGAAAUCGACUUUUUUCAAAAAUAUGUACUUCAAAAAAUAUCAGAGAACAGCCAUUUAGAUCUUAACAGACAUUUUGAUCUGAACUGCUUACCAAAUUUUCAAGACUCUGAAAUGAAUUUUAAGAAUUUAAAUGAAUUUCAUACAGUUGCAUCAAAAAUAGUAAAUAAUCUCUAUCAAAAUAGUAAUAUUAUUAUCGACACUUCUAUAAAAUCCAAUUCGACAACAAUUGACAUGAAUGAAGAUGACUCUUAUUUAGUCUAUUUAACAUGUAGUAAACUUAAAUCGUUUUAUAAUAAAAACAUAGAAAUUUGGUAUAAAAAUCUUGGCUUUGAACAAUUUCUCAAUCCCAAAACACCUCAACUCUUACCACCAAUAGAUCCAAAUAUUAAUAUAAAUAUGGGAAUUAAAGCUUUCAAUAUACUUCGACAGGAAUCUGGUUGGAAAACGAUGGAACACAUUAAUAUAGUUUAUAAUGGAAAAUUAUUUAGCGUAGAUUGUAUUAUGAAAGACCCAAUUAAUAUCAUGAAUUUUCAAAUAAAAAAAGAACAUGUAAUACAAUUAUUAAGAUGUAGAUACACAGAAAUAAUAAAAAAUUACCAUGUCUUAUUAUCUUCUAUAUUGUCUUUGUGCAGUACAAAAGUAAAUGGAUUCAGCUACAAUUGUUUGAUUAAACUAUUUGACUCAUUCAACAAAUCUAAAAUAAUGUUUGAAGGUUUGCAUACAGCCUUAAUUACUUUACAGAAAUCAUCUCUAUGGAAUUAUACUUUUUUGUCUCAUUCGAAUUUACAAAAAAUAUUAAAAUGGAUUGAAGAUUUCCUUAGUUUAUUGAAUAAUAAUGAAUUUUCUCAAGAUAAUUUUGUCGGUCAAAAUGGUAUUUUAAUCACUGAGAUUUUAGAUAAAAAUUUGAAAAAUUUUCUAAAUGUUCUUAAACAAUCUAAUAUGGAGUUAAGGAUCGAUUUAAAAAACAUGACCUUCCGUUGUAAUAUGAGAGAACCUUAUUAUAAAAAAUCUAUAUCAAUAAAAUAUUUCAAGUAUUUAGCAAGUAAAAUGAGAAGUGCAUAUUAUGAACAGUCAAUCCAAAUUUAUUCUUAUGCAUGUAAUUAUUUUGACGAAUUUUGUAAAAAUAUUUACAAAUCUUGUUAUGAAAAUUUAGGAUUCAGAAAGGUUUACUCUCUCAACAAUAGUUCUGAUAAAAUAUUAAUUGUGCAUUAGAUUGAUUAUUCAUCUACUUAGUUUUCAUUACAUAGUAAAUGUUAAGUAUCAACAAGUUGAAUUUAAUAAUUAAAUUUCAUAAAAUUAUUACUAGAAUAAAUGUACUAGUUCACUAUAUUUCAAGUCAAAUUUAAUGUUUAAAAAUCAUUAAAAAAAAAACAUUUUUUUUAACUUGCUACAUUUUUUGAAGUGUUUACCCGCACACUUAAUAUAACAUAAUUAUAAACACACUUCAAUAAAUUAUAAAAAAAAUAAUGCUGUAUAAUCUAUAUCGUUAAGA